GUUGAGAUUGAGAAACUCGUGAGCUCCAUCCGCAACCGCAAAUGACGCUUCCCAGCCGCGAAAACGACAUCGGCGACCUUCCAAACCCUCCAUAAGCUUUAGCUUCCAAUUCCAUGCCCUCUCAUCGCCACCAAAGCCGUUGACCUCGCAGCUUUAAUCCCCGCCCCCAGCCUCUGUCCCGUGGACUCGCAGCAGCACACGGCAUCCGUAGCCGAGGGCGGAGCAGGGAUCGACGAGCGGCGAGGAGGCGGGCGAGCGGCUGGCCGGCAUGGACCGGAAUCUGAGCGGGUUCCUGAUCGGGUGCGUCGGCGCCGCCGUGACGCUGCUGGCGUACGAGCAGACGCUGGUGUCGAGCACGCAGUGCAUCGCCGCCGGCUUCGUCGUCCUCCUCUUCGCGCUCUUCGUCAAGGAGGGCUUCAUCUCGCUCUGAUUUUCUGCGUGUCAGCGGCGACUUGGUUUGGGGGUUCCCCUUCUCUGCAGCUCGUUUCCGAUUCUUUGCUUCCGUUUUUCUGUACCUCAUGUCCUGUAGAAGUGUAGAGUAGCCACUAGUUGGAAAAGGAAUAGCUUUUGCAAGCAAAAACUAAUCCUUUCCGAACUAUGAAUGCCAUCUUGGUGACUUGGUGAUGGUUGGGUCAUGUAAUCCUGCAAUUGCUGAUGCUUGUUACCAAUCAAAUUGUAUUAGUAGAUGACUACUUGUAUCUCUGUAUGUACCCUUCUUCCUUAACACGAUGAACUGCAUAGUCCUUGUUGUAGCUUCCACUUAUCAUCCUGAUAUCUGGUCUGUGUGA